AUGUCGGAGCCAAAACCCGCGCAAAAGGGCUCGGUCUUGAGCAACCUCGACGGUGCUGCCGAGGCUCCCAGUCCACCCGCCACGCCCUCAAAUCAGGGCCGUUCCAUCACACCUGACGACAAAAUGCAACUAGCCGAUCUCAAGGACGGCUCCGACAUGCCCUCCAGCAUGAAGGAUGCCGAACCCGAAGCCAAGAAGCGCAAGCGGUCCCAAAGGGCUUGCAUCCGCUGUCGUGGUCAGAAGCUCAAGUGCGACGGCGUCUUCCCAUGCGCGCGCUGCCUCAAGCUAAAGCUCGUCUGCAAGGAACCCUCCGAGGCCAAUUCGGGCGGCACACCUUCCUCAAACAAAGUGCACGCGGAUGACAGGGACGGCAAGGCCCACAGCGCCUCUUUCUCCUCCUCGACUUCCACGCGUCCUCAGUCGCAGGCUUCACUCCACUUGACAGCCAGUGGCCUACCAUCGCACGCUUCAGCGCACCCUCCCUACGCCUCCACCAUGUCGGACCUUAUGUUCGUCGAUCGCACGCGCGGCGCAAACCACAUGCACGCCGGUGCGCACCACCGCGAAGCGAUGCACCACCACCAACCUUCCGAACGCUUUGUCUAUUCCCUUCCAGACGCAGUGCGUCGCAUCGACAAUCUCGAACGCACAGUCGCCCGUCUCGCCGAAAGGGUCGAUGGCCAUCCAGCAGCACCUUUUGAGCGCAACGGCACUGGCGCAGCCGCCCGCCCUUCUUCCUCUCGAUCCGGCGCCUCGCCACAAAAGCCCGAGCGCAAGCGCCAACGAGCUGACUCCGUUGAUGAUUCCGAUGCCGAAGUCGAUGAGCUCCAGGAUGUCGCCUCGGAAGCCAGCGUUCCGCUCCAGACCCUGUCUCACCACGACGCUAGCAACAGCCACGGAUUGCGCGGCGCCGCCGAAGAGCCGUCCGGGUCCAGGCGCUCCUCCAAUCCGGCCAUCCUCACCACCCGAGUGUCUCCUGCCCUUAUUCGCCCUUCCAGCGAUGGCACUCGACAGGCGCCCGCCAGUAAUCCAAUCGACGCAGGUUUCAUCACGCUCGAGAUGGGUCAGAUAUUGUUGGAGGUCUUCCUCACCUACUGCCACGUGUUUGCCCCCUUCCUCGACCUCGACAGCAAGAUCAAUGCAGCGUCCCUUUCUCAUUCCGAGCCUUUCCUCCUCUCUGCGUUGGUCACGAUCGGUGCUUUGUAUCAAGACUCGCACGCACAGAGCGAUAAUUCUCUCCGCUCCGAGAUUCAUGCAGGACUAGCCUCGUUUGCGCUCGAUCAGCUGGGUCAGCAGCUCUGCAAUCCAGAGCCAACGAUUGGCUCUGUACAGGCAAUCCUUCUCAUAGCAUACUGGCCCCAGGCGUUCCCGGGAUCGCCCGACGAAAAGGUGCUGGCGAGUCACGCAUCCAACGUCUUGCAGAGUGUUGCCCGGCAUGCACAGACGGCUGCGCUCGACGGCGAUCGCAACGCUCCGCUGCUCUCGCAUCGCCUGCUUCCUCUCUGGGCCUCCCUCAGGGCCUUUGAAUCGUUGGCUGCCAUCGACACCGGCAAGGGCAUGGAUCUCACCGACCACGACCUUCUGCUGGCAAAAGCGCCGCGCCCACCACGCAGCUCAAUUCCGACGCCUUACCUCGUCCGCGCAGCUUCCAUGCUCAAAGAGCUGCAGAUGUGGCUUGGCGAAAUGUCUUUCAAUUCACCGCUUCCGCUUGCUGAAGCACCUCCGGGCAACGCCCGAUCGAACCUGACACACGACUGGGAUCGUUUCAAGUACCUCCAGACUCAACUGUUCGACUUGGAAAAGCGAUGGCUCGCCUCUGAAACCGACUGCAGCCGGCUCGAAAGGAUCGUGGGCUUGGUCGAUCGCUGGACCUUGCAGAUCUAUCUGGCAGCUGUUGCUCUCAAAGUCGCCGAAAUGGGGCGUCCAUUCAAGGGCAGCAAUGGGUACGACGCCCGAUACGAGGAGGAUUCGGCGAGGUUCGUUGUUGCUUACAGACACGAUGUACGUCAAGCGUGCCAGGUGCUUAUGGAUAUCUUCACGGAUCCCGAGAUCAGCGGAGCGCUCCUCUACGCUCCAGGCUAUUUGCUGCGGCGCUUCAGCCAAGCAGCCGCAGCGUCUGCCCUUCUCAUCGAUUUCCACGAUGCAGACCAGACAAGAUCGACGCAAGAGUUGAUAUAUCUGUGCAGCAAGCGUUUUGAUCAACUGGACAUAACUGAUUCCUCGACUUUCACAGCUCAUCUCUCGUGGCUCGUCAAGUCAAGCUUCCAAAAGGUCGGUGGCAGAUCCUCGGGGCACGACCGCGACGCACCUAUCGAAGUCAAACCGCCCAGCUCCAUGUCGCUCGUCGAUCGUCGCAGAUAUCUCGGCUCUGAUCUUUUCAGUGUCUUCUUUGGCGUUGGCCCAACGAUUGAUGCGACUACCAGCAUGGGUAACAGCGCCUUCUUGACCGGCUCGUAG